AUAUGUUUAUGAAACAUUUUCCAAUAUAUUAUGAUAAGAAGUCGAUGGUGGCUGCAAGCAACCGCUGAGAUUGGUUUUGGGGGUUGACACGUCCCGUUUAUCUUCCACACUCAGUUCCCACCUUUCCACCUUUCCUUCUCAGUCACACACACUCACACCGAGUUGUGUCGAGUUGUGUCAAGUGUGAACUCAAAACAUCUCUCUCAAUCUCUCUCCCUGUUUAGGUUUUGUUUUGGAGUGGUGUUGCUAUCUCUAUAGCUCCAUGAACUUUUUCUGACACAACCCAACCCAAGAGGAGGAGGGGGAUGAGGAAGAAGAUCGAAGAAGAACAAGAUAUGUUGCUUGGAAAACGUCCUCGGGCACCGAUUAUGAAAAGAACUACAAGCAUGAGUGGUGGUUUGGCCGUGGAAACCAAAACAACCAACGAGGAAGUAGUAGUCAUGUCUGAUUCGCAACAUGAUGAGGUGGCCGCUAACAACAAACUCGUCGAUCCACAUGUUGUUGUUGCCAUGGGAACACCAAAUAAUAAUGAAUUCGUGCCUGACCACACCAAACAUGUUUCUGAGGCCAAAGGAUCAUAUGUAUAUGCUGAUCGUUUGAUGGGCAUCAACAUGAGCAUGCCCCUUUCUCCCACAACCUCAAAUAAUCAUCGUCACACUCACAUCCACAACCAUACAACAAACACUAACAACAUACACACUACUUCUCACUUUCUUCGGACUUGUGGCCUCUGCAACUGUCAUUUGGCACCUGGUCGAGACAUCUAUAUGUAUAGGGGGGAUGCAGCAUUUUGCAGUUUGGAGUGUAGGGAGAAGCAGAUGAAGCAGGACCAGAGAAAAGAGAAGUGGAAGGCGGGGUCUAACAAGGAGCACCACCGUGCAUCACCACCCGGCGCCACCGCGAAGGCUUCUUGUAAUUGAAGGGUUGGAAAGGUCAUUGCACAAUUAUAAGGUGAAAGAGUAUAAUAAUAGCAGUAUAUAUUUGAGGAGAAAAUUAAGAAAGAAAGAAAGAAAGAAAAAGGCCGAGCAAGCUAAUUAAUUGGAGCCUCGUGUCAUGUGCACUUACGACAAGGCUAGCUGUCACAUAUAUUCCGCCAUCCCUCUCAAUUUCAUCUAUGGUUCUUAAUUUCACACCUACGUUACUAGUUCGUCCUUAUUGACAUAAUUCUGCUAGGAAUUAAGUUGUACAAAAUUAAGGUGUGGUGUUGCUGUAUUAUGCCUAUGUCAAUUUUAAUCUUUCUAUCUAAAAUUCCCCCUACAUCUAGUUUAUUACAUGCCCUUUCCUUGGUGUGGUUGCUGUAUUUAACUCAAACCGUUACAAACAAAAAAAACAAGGAUUUAACGUUUGUAGUUUCUGCUUCGUGAUUUGCUAAUGGAAAGGCCAAUUGAGAGUGUUUCUGAUA